UAGGAGGUCUGACAUUCGACACAGCUGCUUGUCUCCUCCUACAACCGACCCGGUCUCUGGUUUCUACCGCUAAUUUGCAAGUUCACGAUGUCUGGCAAGUUUCCGUGGUUCCAAGUGACGGUCAUGACCGCUGGACUGUUUGGUGUGGGCUAUGCGCUGAUGAAGGCUACUGUGCCGACGCCCGAACAGACGUACGCUGCUAUGUCUCCUGAUUUGAGACGUAAAGUCGACGCCAACCGGGCGGCGAGGCUGGCAAGGGAGGAGGCCACGAAGCGACAGUUAGACGCUCAGUCGGAUGACGCAGACAAGCCGGUCUGGGCGGACCCCCCAACACGAAAAUGAUGCUGCUGCAUGGAGCGUUCUUGUGGAUAUCUUGCUGCUCUUAUGCUAUUCUGUUGUACUGGUAAUUCACUGCUAAUCUGUAAUCUGGAUGGUUCGAAAGGUUGGCGGGGGCAUAUGUCUCUGACACCAUGUUGCGACAUGCUCGGGGUGCAGCACGAUGCUCUCGGGACCCCACGCUCUC